AUGAUAAAACAUUCUUGUUUAAUUUCCUCCUGUUAUAUUUUAGACUGCAGUAAUGAAUACUUGGUGCCAAACUCUUUUCUUCCCUGUCCUGAUAACUGCUGUUGCUGUCAGAGAGAAAAAGGAGAAUGUCAUUUGUGUGAAAACGAAAAUGAGGGCCCUCAGUGUGAAUUAGAUAACGCACACGAUGAACCAGAUUGGCAGUUCAGAUUUUAUGUUGUAGUUGGAACUUUCUUGGGUUCGGUUACAUUGAACACUUUCUUACUGGCUUUACUCUGCCUAAAGCGAAAUAGAAGAAAGAAAAUGAAUGUACACAAAAUGAUAACAGAAGUGCCUAACCCACUACUUAAUGAAGCCAAUGUCAUUUACGAUAAUCCUGACGGAUACGUAGUUGGUGAUUAUCAGGAGCUUGAAGCUCUAAGGGUCUCCUCUUUGUAUGACUCACUCCAACAGCAGAGGGAUGAAGGACCUGAUUUAAGAAAUGAAAAAUAAAUGGGAUGUGUUGUGCAACUGUUCUGUAAAACGUAUUUUGAUUGAAAAAAUGGACUGAUGUUUGUGGAAGUGAAACAGAUUCAAACGAGCGAAAACUUUUGAUUGUGAUGAUAUAAAAGAAAGACGCAAAAAAAUCCUUAAUGACUUUUCUUUACUACUAUAUUUGAAUAAUGGACUCGAAUAUUUGGUAUUUAAUAUCAAUGAAUCGAAAGAGUGUUGUAUUUUGUUAUAUAUAUUUUGAACAUCAUUGGUACAUGUAGCUUGAAGUUGAUCAAUUUGAUUUAAUUAAUGUAGAUUCCUUUUUAAAAAAAAUCCAAAACAACAACCUUUUUAGGGGAAGCGGGCGAUUCUACAAUCUUGAGCCUUUGAAUUACAAUCAGAGUGAUAAAAAUGGGUAGCAAUAUCAUGGCGAGAUCGGAAGUAUAUGACUAUUAUUUGUAUAUCCACCAGACCCGAUUUUUUUCUCAUGUUCAGUCGUAUGGCACAUUAAUAUAUCGUCAAAAGUCCAUUUCUUUCAGGCAAUCACAAUUCAUUUAACAAAGAUAUCAUCUUCCAAUGGGCAGUGCAAAUGUACACAACUGAAAACAUUGUUGAUAAAGAAGUUUUAAGAUGAAAAUAUGUUACAAUUUUCAUUUUAUUAACCUUUUCAACGUUUCCUUAUUCAAGGGUAUAAAUUACAUUAUUAAUUUUCAAAACAUUCAA